AUGCCAUCCGACCUCAUCACAGGAAGCUGUGCCUGCCACCAUAUCACAUACACGGCCAGCCAACCCCCGUCAAACAUAACCAAUUGUCACUGCACCACCUGCCGCAAACAAUCCGGCGCACCAUAUCAGAGCUGGGCGACCUUUGCUCCAGGCUCCCUCACCUGGGACAAGAGCAAGUUGCCCUCAUUCCGGAGAUCCAGUGCCUUUGCCACCCGAGGGUUCUGUCCAAAGUGCGGAUCGAGCGUUAGUAUGCAGUAUGACUACGAGCCCGAGCUUCUGAGUGUGACUACGGGGACCAUUGACAGUGUGCAUGAAGCGAAGAUCCCGAAGCCGUCUUGUUAUCUCUUUCUUCAGGACAAGGUGGCGUGGUUUGAUCUGCCUGAUGAUGGCGCGGAGCGGUGGGAUCGGUUUUCGCCGGACAUGGCUGAGAGUUUGGAGAAGUUGCAGACGAAGUCGAGCUCAUAA